AUGCGUACCCUGUGGAUUACUGUUGCUACGGUAGCGCUGGCCGGGCUGCAAUGUUGUGGGGCUGAUGAGGCGGCUGCCCGAGAAUUCCUCGCGGAACAUAAAAUACGAAAACAGCCCAAGGAAUGCCUGCACUCCAUCAAGCACUGCGGCGAGACAGAAUACUGCAAGAACGCAAACCCGUACGCCGGAUUCGGGAUUUGUGUGCCCCGGCGCUACCACGGACCUCGCCUGAUCUACUCCCACAAAGAUUGCCAGCCCCACGAGACUGUCAUGGACUUCUGCGCCCCUCAGGAUAGAGCUACGUGCAAGAAGUUCUGCGCCGCCAACCCGUACGGCCCGACAACGUAUGAGAAACCGAAGCAGAGCAUCCCUUGG